CUGAAGGGUAAAACCAUCAGCAAAACAAUUGCGUACACAUUGGAUGAAGCAAUUGACAAGCUAAAGAACUCUGAAGUACACAAAGAUAACUAUAUAAUAGCCAUUGGCACUAACCAUCUGGCUGACAACCAAAGUGUACAAUCGACAGUGGGGAAAUAUAAUGACUUGAUACACACAAUACAAUUGAAAGACCCACAUGCCAAUAUAUAUGCCUGCAGUGUUCUACCCCGAUAUGAUCAUGUCAGCAAUGAUGACAUCACAGCCCUAAAUUAUGCUAUACAAAAUAUGUGCAAUCUAGUAGACAAGUUGUCAUAUAUUGACACAUACACAAGUUUUAUAAAGUCCUCCCCUGGAAUAUAUGUACAAGAACAUGGCUCCCACCCCACCAAAUCGGGAUGGAUAAAACUAGCCAUGGUUAUACGCCACUAUGUCCAGCCCAGCAACAGGGAAUUUGAUGACCGCAGAGUGAACUCGACAAGACCUAGGCCACGCCCACAGCGGCCUCAACGCCCACAGCCCAAGCAUGAAUUUCCAAACAAUGCCAAUCCCCAAGUCAUGCAAGACUCCAUGACAGCAACCCAAAGUGCCAUUAUAAAUGGGGAGCAAUCUCAGCCCAAACACCAACAGGAUAAAUCUGAUAAAUCACAGGAUACAUCACAGCCAUCUAAUUAUGUGAAUGGGGAUUAUACUAAUCAACGGCCAUUAGUGCAACAAAAUGGUGCCAGUGAAAUGCAGAAUGUACCCAAUAUGAAUAUCCCCUAUAUCAAUAACUGGCAACAACCAACUCAGCAUUACUAUGUACAAAACCCAUUCUUGCAAAAUAUGCAACAUUUACCUAUGGCAGCCAAUACCCAACUACCCCAACUAUAUCCUACUCAAGGAGCACAAGUAACCCCAGUACAGGGAGUACAUAAUUACCCAGUUCAGAGAGUACAAGGGUACUUGGCUCAGGAGCCACACAUCUGGAAACCCAACAUUCAAGUCACAACUAAUUAG